AUGGCGCCCACGAAAGGGUCGUCCAAAGGAGCCUCCGCCGGGGGCAGCAAUGCUUCCAAGCCUGCCACACUAUCGUCCGGCUCACGCGUGAGCAAGUCCAGCAAGGGUGCCAAACGCCCGCCUCCGAAGGAAGUCAAGAACAAGGCGCGCACCGCCCCGGAGAACCUGCAAAAGAAAAAGAAGAGAGUCUACACAGAGGCCGAGCUUGACUUGCCCAAAUUGAACGCUAUUACUCCUGUCGGUGUGGUCAAGCCUAAGGGCAAGAAGAAGGGCAAGGUUUUUGUGGAUGAUCAGGAGGGUAUGAUGACUAUUCUUGCCAUGGUGAAUGCCGAGAAGGAGGGACAAAUCGAGUCCAAGAUGAUGAAGGCCCGUCAGCUGGAGGAAAUUCGGGAGGCCAAGAGAAACGAAGCUGAGGCCCGACAGGCCGAGAGAAAGGGCAAACUCGAAGCUGCCAAGAAGUCUAUUCGUCAGGAUAAGAAGGGCAAGGGAGGCAAGGGCAAGAUUGACGAGAGCAAGACGUCGUCUUCAUCGGCGACAAACGGCUCGUCGAAAUUAUCUGCUAAGGGAAAGCGCAAGAGUGUUUCCUUUGCUUAA